ACGAUGGUUGAUCGGAAUAAGGUGGAAAUGUCGCGUGUGCCAAUUUUGGUGAUUUUGGGUGCUACGGGUUCCGGAAAAUCGCGACUGGCUAUUGAGCUGGCCCGUCGUUUCACCGGGGAAAUCAUUUCAGCAGAUAGUAUGCAGGUGUACAAAAGCCUGGACAUCAUUACCGCGAAGGUGACCCCGGCGGAAAGACAAAUGGCACCGCAUCACAUGCUGGACGUCGUGGAUCCGCUGAACAACUUCUCCGUAAUCGACUUUAGGGACAUGUCUCUGCCGAUUAUAGACAAGCUGCUGGCGAGGAGGAAACUGCCCAUCGUCGUCGGUGGUACGAACUAUUACAUAGAAUCUCUGCUAUGGGAGAUUCUUAUAGAUUAUCCGAAAGAUCCGCCGGUGCAGGCCGACUCGAGUGCGCCGAUCGAGAACAGACGAUCGGACGGUCGAUAUAACGUGCGAGACAUCCGACAGAAUGACGACGACGACAGCGACGAUGACGAUGGGGCGGCACCAGUGAAGAAGUUGAAAUUUGAUGCGAGAUUGUGCGACGAAAGCAACGAAGUACUUCAUCGAAGACUGAUGGAGGUCGAUCCGGCGAUGGCGCGCAAAUUGCAUCCCAACAACAGGCGAAAAGUUAUAAGAUCUUUGGAGGUUUUUCAUCAAUUCGGAAAAACGCACUCCGAACUUCUGGAAGCCCAACGCGCCGCUGGCGGCUGCGGAUUAGGGGGACCCCUGAGAUACCCGAACACCAUCAUCCUGUGGCUGCGCUGCAACAAUAAAGUCCUCGGCAAGAGGCUAGAUAACAGGGUCGACGGUAUGCUGGAGGCCGGUUUGGUGCAGGAACUACUCGACUUUCAUCGCAGAUACAACGAGCACCGGAUUAAGACUAACACGUCACCCGAUUACACGAAAGGCAUCUUCCAGAGCAUCGGCUUCAAGGAGUUCCACGCUUACCUCACGUUGCCUGAGGAGGAGCGCGCGAGCGAAAAGGGAAAAAAAUUACUGCAACAAGGAGUGGAUUAUUUAAAACUCGUCACUAAGAGAUACGCGAAAAGGCAAGAGCAGUGGGUUAUGAAUAGGCUGAUUCGGCGGAGUGAUCGACAGGUCCCCCCUGUUUAUUCUUUGGAUUGCACUGACGUGACGAAGUGGGACUGUUGCGUCUUAGAACCUGCAGCAGCGAUCGUUUCCGCAAUAUUGCGAGGUGAAAAACCUGAACAACGACCGUUGAAUGAAAACAUCGAAAACCAAAAGAUCACUGAUAGCAGUACAAACAUAUAUAAUUAUUGCGAGGUGUGCAACAGAAUAUUUAUCGAAGAGGAUCAAUGGCAAGCUCAUUUGAAAGGUGCAAAGCAUAUGAGAAUGUUGAAAAAGAAGAAAAAGGAAGCGGAAAAUACUCAAAAAUCUAAGAAAAUGACAAACUUGUGACAGAUAUCAAUUUCUAUAUAAACAAUGCGCAAACAUUUGUUCUUGUGUUUAUAUCGAAAUUAUGAUUAUUUGCUAACAUUGUAUAUUUUGCUGACAAUCGUCAAUGUAAAUAUAUAUAAAAAAAUAAUCUCGCACCUUUAAUUCAAGAAAUCUCGAUUGCCAACCGUUGGUAAGAAGAAAAGUGAUGCUACAAGACUGUUACUGUUGCCUUUUUGACCAGUUAUUGGUAGAAAAAAUUUCUAUUGCAUUUCUAAUCAGUAACUUAUUUUCUGACGAUAAUUAGAAGUUAAUCUCUAGUUACUAACUUAUUUCUUAAUGAUAUAUUCACAAGCCAAUUCGCCGACGAUGGGUGUUGUAUUAAAGAUCCAGGAUAAAGUUUCACGAUUAUCAAAGUAUAAAAAUAAUUGAAGAGAGCUAAAUAGUAUAAAAAAAUAGUUAAUCAUAAAUCAUUUAUUAA